ACAGCUGCGUGGUCACAACAACACGACACACGUCGGGCUUUUGGUGGGAAAAUGACUUCUCCGUCCUCGUUUAUCUUAACAUUAAAAGUGUUAUCGUGCGUUUUCCGAUGUGCCCUGUAGCGCCAGAGUGAGCGGGUGCGUGUCAGCUACACAAAACGUGUACAGGUUCGUUAGUGGGAGCGCGGUGUGUGCGUGGGAACCAUCAAGCCAACCGGGGGAAACUUCGCCCAGCCCAUUGUUUGCUAGCGUGCUAACAACGUUAGCCCGCUGUCUGUCGCUGGACAGGAACACGCUGUAGUUUCCUCCACUGUCAGGACGCCGCGUGUGUUCUAUGUUGUGUUAACUUGCCACGAAGCGUUGAAUCCGUGAGGAAUCAACAGCAACCAUGCCCGAGAUCAAGAUCAAGCACGUUGUGUCCUGCAGCACCGAGGACACCACCCACAAGGCGGACAACCUGCUGAGCUCGGACACCUACAGGAAGUGGAAAGCAGCGAGACCCGGGGAGAAGCAGACAUCCGUCAUCCUGCAGCUCGAGAAGGAGGAGCAGGUGCACAGCAUUGACAUCGGAAAUGAAGGCUCAGCUUUCAUCGAGGUGCUGGUUGGGAAUUCCUCCGCUGUCAGAGACCAGGAUUAUGAGGUUCUUCUGGUUACGUCUUCCUUCAUGUCUCCAACUGAGAGCCGCAAUGGCACCAAUCUGAACCGGGUGCGUUUCUUUGGGCCCAGCCAGCUGCAAAAGAGUGCAGCCCAGGAGAAGUGGGACAGAGUGAAACUUGUUUGUAGCCAGCCUUACAGCAAGAACAUAGCAUACGGUCUGGCCUUUGUUAAGUUCCAUUCACCGCCUGACAAAAAUGAUCCUCCUCCAGCAGCCUCCCCUAAGCUGACAAAGUUGGGACAGUUCAAGGUGAAGGAAGAGUCUCCGUCAUCUGGGCCCAGCCUUCAGCCGGGAAGUCUCUUCUUCAGUCGGGACAGUACGACAAAAACCAGUCCUUCUCUCAAAGUGUCUCCUCAGAGUGAGAGGUUGAGUUACGCUGCUGCUGCUCUGCAGACCGGUGGCACCUCCCAGUUGUCGGGCCAGGCUUCGUCCUCCAGCACUGUCUCGCCACAGCCACCAGCAAAAAGAAAAUAUGAGUUCAACAAAGAGCGCCAGUCCGCCCCUGGCCCCUCUCCUACGAAAAAAACAAGUCCUGCUGGCUCACCCGAGGGUAAAGCCGCAACCCCCAAAAACAAACCGAGUCCAGCCAGCGCAUCCAGCUCCAGCGCUGCGAAAGCUUCCCUGACACCGAAGUCCCCCGAAAAGAAGAGGCCGAGUUUGACCAAAUCCGAAACUAAACCCAAACAACAGAAAACAAAAUCCCAGGUCCCAUUCAACCGGAUCCUGGAAGGGGUGGUGUUUGUACUCAGUGGCUUCCAAAACCCAUACAGGGGGGAGCUGAGGGAAAAGGCUCUGGAUAUGGGAGCCAAGUACCGGCCUGACUGGAUGUCCGGCGCCACACACCUCAUCUGUGCCUUUGCUAACACGCCUAAGUACAGCCAGGUGAAAUCAGCAGGGGGCAUCAUUGUACGGAAAGAAUGGGUGAUGGACUGCCACAAGAGGAAAGAGCAGCUCUCCUAUAAAAGGUAUUUGAUGGAUGGUGGCGAGUCGAGCUCGGAGAGUGAAAUGGAAGUGGACAACCAGAGUGAAGAGGAAAUGGAUACAAAGACUCCACAGAAGCAGGAGAGACAAGUCACCCCCAAAAAAAACAUUGUGAAGAGUGAAGACGAGGAUGAAUACGGUGGCUCCACGGAUAUGGACGAACCAGGAGUUGAUGAUGACGAAUCUGCCGUGGACACGGAGGACGAGCUGCAGAGAGUGGAGAAGGAGAACAGACAGAAGAAAAAAGCGCCAGCCGGUGUGAAGACGGUGAAGGAGGAGGAUCCAUACGGGGGGUCGACCGAUGAAAACACAGACGCUGAGGCUGAACAGGAUCAUCCCAUCCCUGAGCUGCCAGACUUCCUGAGUGGAAAGCACUUUUUCCUCUACGGCAAAUUCCCUAACAACGAGCGGCGCCUGCUGCUGCGAUACAUCGUGGCCUUCAAUGGAGUGAUCGAGGACUACAUGACGGAGAAGGUGCAGUUUGUGGUGACCAGUGAAGGCUGGCAUGACUCUUUUGAAGAUGCACUGAUGGACAACGGCAAUCUGAACUUUGUCAAACCUACUUGGAUCCACUCGAUCAACGAACGACAGAAGCUGCUGCCCUAUCAGCCGUACUCUGUCGUCCCCUGAAGAGGUCGCUGUGCGGACACAGACAUGUUGCGAUGGGGGGGG